CUUUAAUCAGGUCAUUGAUGAUAACAAACCUUAUCAUGGGAUCUUGUCAUAUCAUGCCCUUGACUGCAAAAAAGGCAACAAUAACAUGUUUUCUAAACAAUAUCGCUGGCAGGACAUGUUACAGAAUGCUUCCAUGGAGGACUGUGCACACUGCAGGGACCAUUGUCGUUCAACAAUUGUCAUGUUAGCUCAUUUCUUUCAUUGGUGGAGUGCUUUGGUUUCACAGCAUGUCCCAAUGGGUUUUGAAGAACAUCUCAAUAAAGUGCUUGCGUCUCCCCCAACAAAAAGCUUCUGCCGCCAUUCUCCUCCCUUCUUUACUCCUUCUUCUGUACGAUCGGGAAGAAAAAAAAAAAAAUCCUAGUUGCGCUG